AUGGGAAUGAUGGUUUUUGUGAUGAUCCUAAUUUUGAGUAAUCAAAUAGAGAUUUCACAUGGGCAGCUCAAAGUUGGUUUCUAUGACAAAAAAUGCCCAAAUGUUGAAUCCAUUGUGAGUGGUGUUGUCAAUAAAGUUGCUACCUCCAACAAAAAUAUAGCUCCUGUCUUGCUUAGACGUCAUUUCCAUGACUGCUUUGUUCAGGGGUGUGAUGCAUCAAUUCUUAUAGAAAACGGACCUAAUGCUGAAAGGCAUGCAUUUGGUCAUCAAGGUGUUGGAGGAUUUGAAGUGAUUGAGAAAGCAAAAGCAGAGGUUGAGGCUGUUUGUCCUCAACUUGUUUCUUGUGCAGAUAUUGUUGCUAUUGCUGCUAGGGAUGCUAUACUCUUGGUAAAUGGGCCUUUCUAUAAUGUGGAAAUAGGAAGGAGAGAUGGGUUGGUUUCAAAUGUAUCUUUAGCUGAUAAUAUGCCAGACGUUGAUGAUUCCAUUCAACAACUCAAAGAUAAGUUCUUCCAGAAAGGCCUCUCUCACAAAGACCUUGUGCUCCUCACUGCUGCACAUACAAUUGGUACCACUGCAUGCUUUUUCAUGACCAAAAGGCUCUACAACUUCUCUCCCAACAGAGGUUCUGAUCCAUCCAUAAAUCCUAAAUUUCUUCCAGAGUUGAAGUCCACUUGCCCCCAAAACGGAGAUGUUAAUGUCAGGUUACCGAUGGACAGAGGCAGUGGUGAGACAUUCGACAGUCAAAUUCUGCAGAAUAUUAGAAGUGGCUUUGCUGUACUACAAUCUGAUGCAAAUUUAUAUAACGAUGAGACAACGAGGAGAGUUGUAGAUUCUUACUUUGGAUUUCUUAGCCCAUUUUUCGGGACACCAUUCGAGGCUGAUUUUGCCAAUGCAAUGGUGAAAAUGGGCAGAAUUGGAGUACUUACUGGUUCUCAAGGGACUAUUAGACGUGUUUGUUCUGCUUUUUAA